AUGGCAGCCAAAACGGAGCUUCGUUGCCAUUUGAACGAAGCUCUAAGCGUGCUGUUGCAUCAAGACUCAGAUGGCUACGACUCCACAAUGAAAUCUCUAUGCGGAAAGCAGUUUAAGAAAGGUGAAGUACUGUUCCACCAACGUAUAGCUAUCGACUCUGGUCGCCAACAUGAAGAAAAGACUGGAGUGAUCUCCGUCACGUCAUCUACAAUGCGUCCCGAUGUGAGCUUAAAGACGCGUCUUCGGUCUCGCCACAGCCGAACUCACCAGCUCGUUUUUUCGACCUACACGCACCAAUACUCCGACAAGAAACGCGCGGUGCAUCUAAUGAAAACAGUACCGAAAGAGGUUUACGAUCAGAUCCUACCGGUUGCUGAUAGCUCGCCUUUACGCCGCGAGAUCGACCACAUUGGAGUUGGCUUCGACUUGCAGUUUAUUUCAAGUAGUGGAGGAAGCAAUCGACAGUGUACUCAGAUAUUUACACACGCGUAUGCUUCGGAUAAAUCCACUCGAAGUUUUACCAAGGAUUUAACGGACAACCCCGAGGCCCAGCCUGAAGACUUGGCGCGACGUCGUGUCACGUUAAUGAACCCGGAGGCACGUCAUAUCAUGCGGAUACUAACCGAAUCGUUGUCCCAAUUCGAGCGAGUGAUUCGCCGUCGACGAUUUGGUUUCCAGUCUUUCAUCUACUUUCCCAAGGAAUACGCAGACCCGCUGAUGGAGAAGCGAUGUUUGAUCUGCAACAAGACGUUCCACUUCUUCCGUCGCGAUUUCUAUUGUCAACUCUGUGGUCACAUGGUGUGUGGAGAUUGCUCGGAACUGUACGAAGUGGAAGCUCGCAUCGGUGAAAUCCGGAAGAAUCGAUGCUGUCGAUUGUGUGUGGUACGUGUUGAUGCGUGUAAGUUUGACGACGAGGAUUUACUGGCAGCUUUGGGUCCGAUUAUCGUGGACACUCCGUCGGAUGCCUGGUUGCCAAUUGAUGAGGAGACACAGGGGUGGGAGGAUAAUGAUCUGAUGGGACAACUGUGUUCGGACGACCCUGAGGCCCGGAGUCAGGCCUUGGAACAGCUAGGCAAACUUGUGGCUAAGCCGUCGAGUUCUUCAUCGUUAGAGACUGUGACGUCUUCAAGAAGCACGGAGAAAAAGUCCCAAGUGCAGCAUGUCUUAUCGAACAUUGAGAGCCACUUGAAUGAGGAACUCGCAAAAGCCCAGUUGAAUUCCAGCAUACAAACGUGUGACGUCAGUGACCGGACGAGAGAUUACAAAUACGAAUUCGACGCGAAUCAAGUCACACAUGAAGAUAUUCCAUUGGCACCAAAGCCUGAAGCUCAGAAGGAUGCGCGUCGUGUUGAGUUGAUCAAAAGUUCAGGCGCGUUGCAGUCCGACUACGACCGCUCUGCUCUCAACCUGAUCGCGCAGGUGGCAGCCAAGCGUCUUGGAUGCCCCAUCGGCGUCGUGUCUAUGAUCGAUGACGAGCAAUUCCACGCUGUGGGGAACUACAAUCUCCCCUCGGAAGCUCUCCAUCUACCCCGCAACGAAGUUCCAUGUAUGCAUUCCGUUUACGCGGAGAAACCACUCGUGAUCAAGAAUCCGCAGCGUGAUAUGCGGUUCUCGAAAAUGCCGUGUGUUGACGACCUCGGGGUUAAAUUUUAUGCCGGGUUUCCAUUGCGAGCACCGGGUGGGGAGGUAAUCGGAAACUUGUGCGCUCUUGACGGCAACACGCACAACAAUAUUUCUACUAAAGACUACUCCACAAUGGAGACACUAGCGAAGCUAGCAUCGGAUCUUUUGAUUCCAAGCAAAACGUGAGCAAUAAAUGUAAAAAAAAAAAAAAAAAAAGAGG